AUGAAAGCUAAAGGCGAGUUGAACGAAUAUGAAGUCAUUGGCCGUAAGUUGCCAUCGGACAAUGAGCCGAAGCCACCACUGUAUAAAAUGAGAAUCUUCUCGCCAGACCAAAUUGUAGCUAAGUCACGAUUUUGGUACUUUUUAAGGCAACUGAAGAAGUUCAAGAAAACAACAGGAGAAAUUGUUUCAAUCCGGGAAAUUCCAGAGAAAAGCCCUAUCAAGAUAAAAAACUUUGGUAUAUGGCUGCGUUAUGAGUCUCGCUCUGGAGUACACAACAUGUACAGGGAGUACCGCGACUUAUCCGUUGGGGGAGCAGUGACACAGUGCUACCGUGACAUGGGAGCUAGACACAGAGCUCGGGCACACUCUAUUCAGAUCAUCAAAGUGGAGGUCAUUAAGGCAGCUGCCUGCCGCAGACCUCAAGUGAAGCAAUUCCACAACAGCCGUAUCAGGUUCCCGCUGCCAAAGCGUGUGCACCAGUACAAGAAACUCAACACCUUUGCUUACAAGAGGCCCAGCACCUACUUCUUGUAA